ACAGACUACAGACUGGAGACAUGUUGAAGUACAUCCUGUUGAGUGCUCUCGCAACCUUGGUUCUGACUAAGGACCUGGUGCUCCCGCCCAGAUACCUGGAAGAUGUACCUCAGACCAGAGUUGUAGGUGGUGAGGUCGCCAGGCCCCACUCCUGGCCCUGGCAGGUCUCUCUCCAGGUCCAGUCUGGAAGCUCCUUCUUCCACACUUGUGGAGGUUCCCUGAUCAGGGCGGGGUGGGUCAUGACAGCCGCCCACUGUGUGGACAGACCGAGGACUUGGCGUGUGGUUCUAGGAGAACACAACCUGGACAGCAAUGAGGGAACAGAGCAGAUCAUCAGUGUCAGGGAGGCCUUCGUCCAUCAACAGUGGAACUCCAACAGUGUCAUUGGAGGGUUUGACAUCGCCCUGCUUCAACUGUCCACUGAGGCCACCCUGAAUACUGAUGUCCAGCUGGCUGUUCUCCCUCCCUCUGGUCAGAUCCUGCCCAACAACAACCUGUGUUACAUCACUGGAUGGGGACUCACCUCCACUGGAGGUUCUCUGUCUAAUAGCCUGAAGCAGGCUUAUCUGCCCAUCGUGAACUUCCAGACCUGCUCCACUCCUGCCUGGUGGGGAUCUGUUGUGAAACCCACCAUGAUCUGUGCCGGUGGAAGAUUCAACUCUGGGUGCAAUGGUGACUCUGGCGGCCCCCUGAACUGCCAGGUUGGGGGAAGGUACCAGGUCCAUGGAAUUGCCAGCUUCGUGUCUGGUGGUGGAUGCAAUGUUUUCCGAAAGCCCACAGUCUUCACCCGCGUGUCGGCCUACACUGACUGGAUCAACAACAUCAUCAAUUGAAGAGGAGCAUGGUCUUAGAACAGACAGUACUCAAGAAUCUGGAGUAAAGCUUUAGGUCUAGCUAGCAAGUUUAUUUAUAUAGCACAAUUCAUACAUAGAAGCAAUUCAAUGUACUUUACAUAGAAAAUAACAAUAAAAAAUGCAAUGGAAUU